AUGUCGGCCGAGGACGACAUAGCCGACUCGAUGGAAGCGCUGCGCCUGACCCACGAGCAGGGGAUCGACCAGCUCGUGCCCAACGUGUCGGAGGGCGAGGACGACUACUACGACUACGACCACGACAACGACGCAAACGGCGACGGGGACCGCGAGAUGGGCGACUACGACUGGCUCGACCAGGACCAGGCCUCCGUGUCCGGCGUCGGCUCCGUCCUCUCCCACGCCUCCUCCCUGCCCGUCGGCGCGUCGGCCCUGUCGACCCCGCCGAGCUCGGCCGCGGUCCCGGCUCCGCACGGUCUGUUGUUGUCUGGGGGUCAGGCGCAGUCGCAGGGUGAGGGGGGCAAGGGCAGGCCGAGGACGCUGGCCAGCUUGAGGCUGCAGCCGCAGUUUAAUCUCGAUUCGGCGGGGAAGCUGCUGGAUACGUUCAGGGAGGCCAUGAUGAGCCAUUUUCAUUGUGUGGUGCUGAAGGCGGAUGAGACGGUUGCGAGUAUGGCGAAGGAGCGGCCGUUUGUGCUGUUGGCGGUGCUGGCGGCUGCGAGUGGCAGCAGUACGCUGCAGGGGCACAGUUUGUAUGAUGAGGAGUUUCGGAAGAUUCUGGGGCUGAAGUUCGUGGCGGGGGGUGAGAGGACUAUCGAGCUGCUUCAGGGCCUGGUGAUUUAUAUCGCUUGGUACCCGUUUCAUCUCCGACCCAAAAACAAGCAGUCGUUGCAGUAUAUCCGCAUGGUUGUCGACAUCAUCAGCGACCUCGAACUAGACGAAGACCCCGGCACCGACUCGAUGGACGUCCCCAUGACCCCUGAACGCCUCGAACAGGUCAGGCUGUAUCUUGCAAGCUACUACCUCGCCUCAUCCGCUGCUUCCACCUGGGGCCGUUCCUCCUCCCUCAGCUACACCGAAUACACCGCCCGCUGCAGCGACCUCCUCGAGCACCACAGCCCCCUCCAAGGCGACCACAUCCUAGCCUGGCAGGCCCGCCUCGAGCGCCUCGUCGAAGAAACCAACGAACUCCGGCGCACCCAGCGCGGGCGCUCCCAGAGCGAGUACCAAAUCGGCCUCAUGCUACGAGGCAUGGAAACCCAGCUCACCGAGUGGGAAGCCCGCAUGACCCCGCCCGUAGCCUCCACCCCCUCCAUCCGGCUCGCCGUGCUCUUCACGCGCGUCUUCCUCUCCGGCGCACCACUACUCAAGCUCCCCUCGGUGAAACUCGGCCCGGCCCUCGACGGCACCGCCGCCUUCCGCGCCGACCCGGCGCGGCUCAUCGCCGUCGUCCCCGCGCUGCACGCGCUGUACGAUUUCCUCCUGGGGCUCGCGCCCCGCGACUUCAACGCCUUCAUCGGCGUCGAGUGGGGCGCCCUGAUCCUCGCCAUCAUCCUCGGCUUCCGCAUGUCCUUUCCCCUGCUGGUCUGCCCGGAGUGGGACGACCGCGCGGCGCGCGGGCUGGUGCGGUUUGAGGAGUAUAUCGGUCGGUUCUGCCGCUUGGGUGGUGGCGAGGAUGGCGGGGAGGUUGUGGCGGCGAUGGCGGUGCCUGCUCCCGCUGCCGCGGCUGCUCCCGCGGCCCCCCCCGCUGCUGCUGGCCCCGGGCCGGGCGCGGCGGCGGGGCAGGCGAAGAGUAUGGAUGUGCUGAGCGCGAGUAGGAUCGUGCUGGAUAUGGUGCGGCGCAAGUUUAUGAGGCGGCUGGUGAAACUGGAGCGGCAGCGGCGGGAACAGGAGCAGCAGGAACAGCAACAGCAGCAGGAACAACAGAAGCAGCAGCAGCAGGUGGAGGCACUUCUGGCGGCGGCAGCGCCGCCGCACCCCGUUCCGGCGCCGGCGUCUGGUAGGGCGGGAGGGGCGGUGCCGGUUCAGCACGAUUCGGCCACCAACGGGUGCCCCAUGAUGGACGGCAGUCUGGAGCCGUACUACCCGUACUGGGACGAGACCUUCAACAACGGCCUGGCUGCUGCCGGUGCUUUUGUUGCGGCUGGAGCGCAGGGAGCGGAGCAAGGGGCCGGAGCAGCCGCGCCGGAGCCUGGUGGUGUGCAGGUGCCGGAUGACUUGUGGACGGCUAUGACGAUGGGUUGGGCGCAAGGGGAUGUGAACUUUGACGGUUUGUGA